AUGGACAGCAUCGACGACUCGCCGCUGUCACUGGCCGUGGUACGCUUCGCCGACUACGCGGACCGAUUCCUCCAAAACUGGCCCGGGUCAAUACUCCUCUCUGCCAGCUUCGCCUUGUACUACUCCCUGUUCGGCGGCCGCGGCGACGUCAUCCUCAUUGCUGCCGCCGCAGCGCUCGCAUCGCCCAGCGCGCUUUGGCAGCUGCUCGCCCGCCAUGCACAGUCCAUUCUCGGCGCCGUCCUGAUUGCGGCAGGCAGCGCCAUCUCCAUACGAUUCAUGAUUCUCACGGCCCCUCGCAUCUUUCAUGGUACCUCGGCAGGGUGGACAGAGUCUGCAGGCAGCUUCUUCAUCCCCAGCCGCACCACGCAUUCGCGCUUCUUCCCCAAGAAGCAUUCUUUUGCCUAUUCCUAUCUCACCGUCGGUGUUCCCGUUGCCUUGCGGACACAUGUCAAUGGAAUUCUCUCUGUUGAUCCGUCCGCGCCAAGGGCCGCCCGAGGCUGGUGGGCGUCGCUCUCGUCGCCGCUCUAUGAGGUGGACAGUGCCAACUACUUGGCCCGCGGUAUGGCCAAGGGUGGUCUGCGGGAGAAGCUCAAUCAGUUUCUCUCCAGUCAGCUAGUAGACCCCAGCGAGUAUCCUCAUGCGUUCCUGGUCACGGCACCCAAAUUCCUUGGAUACAGCUUCAAUCCCGUUUCGUUUUGGUAUCUCUACUCGGCCGACAAAGUCCUGUCCGCAAUUAUUCUCGAGGUCAACAACACGUUUGAUGAACGGCGGCCAUAUCUCGUCUUUCGUAAUUUCGACCAAGAUUCGAAACACAUCCAACCAUCCAAUCCAACUCCUUCUACCCAGAAAAGCGUCCCCAAAAUUUCGGCGUCGUUUGAAAAGGACUUUCAUGUAUCGCCAUUCAACUCCCGCAAAGGAUCCUACUCCGUACUUGCACAAGACCCUCUUGGCCCUGACAUGGCAUCUUUCCGUGGCCUAGACGUCACCAUAAACUUGAAGUCGUCCAAGGGGCACCCAAAGCUGGUUGCCCGUCUCGCCAACCAAGAUGACGCCAUCGACGUAGCAAAUAUGACCGCCGUCCGCAAGAUCCUCUUCGUGUGCCAAUGGUUCUGGAUCGGCUUCGCUACCUUUCCCCGCAUCGUCAAGGAGGCCGCCGCGCUUUUCUUCCGCCGCAGUCUGCACGUCUGGUACCGCCCCGAGCCGCUCCCGCAGAGCCUCGGCCGCCACGCCACGCCCAUAGAGCGCCAUCUCGAGGCCGUCUUCCGGGACUACCUGCGCCACCGCGUCGAGCAGUCGCCCAAGGCCAUCCGCGUCCGCUACGUGGCCAGCGGCAUCGGUGUCGCGGACCCAGCCACGGCAGACGUCUUUGCCUCGAAGACGGCCGCGGCGGCAUCCGCCUGCGACGUCGAGGUGCGCGUGCUGACUCCCGUCUUCUACGCCCGCUUCGUCCACUACGCGCACGACUUCGAGGGCCUCUUCAACGAGCUGGCCGAAAGUCGCACAGUAGCCGUCGAUAAGCCCGACAUGCUGCCGCACAUUUUCCUGAAAAAGGGCGCGCCGCCGUUCCACGCGUCCAGCCUCACCGAGUACCUCUACUUCAGGUUGAUACAGGCCCUUCGCCGCACACCCGAGGCGAUCCAGCGCCCCUUGACAUCUGCAGAGACGAGCGCGGGAGCGCAGGCCUCGUCGCUCAAGCCGGCGGAUAUUCGCGGCUUUCGCAUCUCGUCCAUGGAUGCGUACGUCCUGGAACACGGCAGCGACAGCGUCAAGAGCAUGUACCGAUCUGCCGUGUCUCGCCUGUUCCUCGCAGAUCGCUUCUUUCUGGGCAGCUUGGAACUCUUGUCUACUUUGGAAUUCAUAUGGCGCGUUGGUGUGGCAUACUUCUUCCUGUUGGCUUUCACAGUUCUUAGCUAG